AGAGAGAAAAAAAAGCAAAAGAAUAAUAUAGUUGACACUGAUACAUAAAUUUUGGACUUUGUUUCUAUUUGGCACCCACCCACUCACACCUACAACAACACACAAAACAAAAACACACAGAAAAACAACUUAGUAGCUCAAGAACAACAACAACAACAACAUCAGAGAUCUAACUUAGAUCGAGCUUCUAUUGUUUCUUACUCUAUUUUUUCACUUUCUUAGCUGAUUCAUUGUCAUGGGGAGAGAAGUUACAGCAAUGGAAGUUGAGGAGAAUAAGCCAAAUGGUGUAACAAAAGUUUCAAAUGAAAGUGGUAAUGAGAAUGGAUAUGAUUCUUCCGAAAUUGCGGAUCGUGAGGUGAAGAAAUGUGCUGAUGUCGAUUUGUUUGUUGAGGAUUGCGGUGAAAGUAAGGACAUUUUGACUGCUGAAAUAACGAAGUGUGAUACCGAGUUGCCGGUAGAGGAGAAUGAGAAACAUGAAGUGAAGAAGAUGGGUGACGACAAAGAGUUGAGCCCGAUGAAACCAUCGGAUCCGGUUACUGAAAAGAAUGGAUCUUACACGCGUGUUGUUGAUACUGCUGAAGCUGUUGUAACUCGUCUGAACUUGUCGCCAAAUGCUAACAAUAUGCACUCGUCGCCUUACUCGUCAAAGAAUUCGCAGCAAAACUCGCCUUUUUCUUCAGCUAAGCCCUUGCAUAAUGGUGAUAAGAAGAACUACGACGAUGAGGAUAAUUGGUCGGUUGCUUCCUCUGCUGUGUCAAUGCGCACUGCAAGAUCAAAGGUAACUCAUGGUUCAGCCCCUACAUUUCGAAGCUCAGAACGUGCAGAAAAACGUAGAGAGUUUUAUCUCAAGUUAGAGGAGAAAAACCGAGCUCUUCUAGAGGAAAAAAGCCAGUAUGAAGCAAGACAAAAGGAAGAGCAAGAAGCAGCAAUCAAGCAGAUGAGAAAGAACUUGGUAAUUAGAGCAAAACCGGUACCAAGUUUCUACUAUGAGGCACCUCCGCCUAAAACCGAACUCAAGAAGCUGCCACUAACACGCCCGAAGUCACCAAAACUGAAUCUGAAUCGUAGAAGAACCUUCGGUGAUGCUGUGAACUCACAGCCUCGUGAAGUUUGUAAUCGAGGACGUCACAGCACUGGUAGUCACCACGUCAAGAGCGGUUAUAAUACUAACCCUCUCGCUGAAAAAACCAAGGACCAAGUCACGCGGCGCCACAGCAAUGGCGCUUACAAAACCACAGACCGACCAAAAGUGGAUACAGAAACAAAAACAGCUCCUCCAAACAUCAUCCAGCAUCCAAACGCAGACAUAUCAGUCCAUUCAUGAUGUUAACUCGGGAAAAUACGCUAAUUUAUUUUUUUCGUUUGAACUUGACUUGUCUGAUUUGUGUUAAUUUACGCGCGGUGUAUAUGUUUUUGUAAGUCAUGUCGUUUGAUAUAAUCGAUAGUUACUAAUGUAGUAUGUAUGAUAUGUGAUACUGUUGUUCCCCGAAACUACAUAUAUUUGUUGAUGUAGAAGUAGGAUUAGUUUGUCAUGAAUCAUGAUACGGUUUUGUGACUUUUGUAUGAGUGUUGAAUGGUUGUUUUUAAUGGGGAAACUUAUUGUGUAAUGCAACUUUUUUGUUCAAGAA